UGUUUUUAUCUUUCAAUAGCUUGUAAGCAGUAUAAAACAUGGCUGACAGUGAAUCACAUGAAUGCAGUAGUGAUCAUGUGACCGCUGGACGUCAGGCCAUAGAGAAUGAAUGGCAGGCUGCCUGGUAUGAAGGUGAUUGUAAGGAUGCUAAUAGGGAGGUUAGCAAGUGGCUGAAAGAAUACAUCAACAAGUUGACUGGAGAGAAACCGAAUUGUCGGAUACUAGUUCCAAUGUGUGGGGCCACUAGAGACAUGCAAUGGUUGAUUGAUGAAGGUCAUGAAGUAAUAGGUCUGGAACUAGUGAAUAAAGCACUGCAGCUCUUUCUCGAUCGACACCGGAUUAGUUACACCACAACUCCUGUAUCCUGCGUCAAUGAUGGCAAAUGCCACAAGAGUAAAGACAAGAAGCUUUCUUUGUACAGAUGUAACAUCUUUGAAAUGGAUAUGAGUCUUGUGGGAAAAGUUGAUUGUGUCUGGGACUGUGGUGCUAUGACAGAUAUACCUCCAGCAGAGAGGAAAGACUAUGCUGAGAUCAUUCUAUCUUCUCUCAAUUCUGGAGGAAGAAUACUUGCUGAAACAUUCACCUUUGGAGAGAUAGAAGAGGAUCAUGAACAUGGUCAACCUGAAACAGGAAGCUAUAUUUGCAAGUAUGGUGUUGAUCACAGCAAUGAUCCCCCUCACGACCACUGCCAAGAUCAUCAACAUGAUGGCAAUCAGAAGCAUACAAACGACCACCAUCAUGGGCAUGAGCAUCUAGAUCCAGGCCACGAUGAAGACUUCCCGUGUCGUCCGGUUGAAGGAGAAGACUUUCAGAAGGUGUACGGGGAGCAUUGUAGUAUUGAGAUGAUUUGUGAGGAAGACAGCAAGGAAGCUGAGGAAUGGGGACCAAGCUGGUGGGCUAAGAACAGACUACAUCUUAUCAUCGUCAAAUGAACAUUUUUAUGAGACACCUUGAAGUAAGAUUUGUGGGCAAACAACAAGCUGCAUCUUGUCAUUGUUAAAUGAACAUUUUAUCAGACUCAGUAAUAUUCACAUACCUGUUAGGCAAACAACAGGAUGCAUCCUGUCAUUGUUAGGUGAACAAUUUUCUGACACACCUUGAAGUGAGUUUCAAUAAGCCAGUUCGUAGUUCCUUUCUGCGCAUGAUCAGAGGAAGGUCAUUUGUACUAAAA